CCCUCUCACUACUAGACAUGGUUUAAUUACUUAUGGAUAGUACUUUCACCAAACAACAUGACCACCUGAAGCAUUGUGCCCCUGCCCCAUUGGUGAAAAUUAGAAAGUCCCCAAAUCAGAACAACAACAACCCAUUUUCAAUCCUGGUCUUCUGGGUCUCCAAAUCCCUUCGAAGCUUGUGUUUCAGAGUUCACUUCUCACAACAAGGGUUAUGCUUCAGAACGAUUCAGUACCCUGGCAUGGUGAUUGAAACCACCACUACUACUACUACUACUACUGUUCUCUAUGCUUCUUCAUCAAUGGAGGGUUUGAGUUUGGCUGAGAAGAAGAAUGAAGUUGUUGUUCAAGAAAAUGGAACCCUUGCUGCUGAUUUGAUUGAAGAAAAGGGUCGUGAGAGCAGUUUCAGCUCCGAGUUUCUGUCUUCUGAGACCACCACUGCUCAUGAAGAACAAAGUCGGAGCAGCACUGAGGAUUCUUCAUCUUCACCGUCUUCAAUGGGGUGGCCGGUUCAGGAAAUCGCUGCUUCUUCAGAUUGCGAGGAAAAGCACUUGGAGAAUGAGAAAUUUGAGAAACAAGCUUCAGCAUUAUCAGAGAUUGAAAUGAUGAAGGAGAGGUUUGCAAAAUUGUUACUUGGAGAAGAUAUGUCAGGUUGUGGAAAUGGGGUCCCUACAGCCUUGGCUAUCUCAAACGCGAUAACGAACUUAUGUGCUACCAUUUUUGGGCAACUUUGGAGAUUAGAGCCUCUUCGUGCAGAGAAGAAAUCAAUGUGGCGAAGAGAGAUGGAGUGGCUUCUUUCUGUCAGUGAUCAUAUAGUUGAAUUAACACCUAAUUGGCAAACCUUUCCGGAUGGAAGCAAGCUUGAGGUCAUGACUUGUCGGCCCCGCUCAGAUCUUUAUGUCAAUCUUCCAGCUUUGCGCAAAUUAGACAACAUGCUUCUUGAAAUUCUAGAUAGUUUUGUCAAUACAGAGUUCUGGUAUGUAGACCAAGGUGUUAUAGCUCCAGAUGCUGACGGUCCAUCUUCUUUUCGACAAGCACAGAGGCAAGAGGAGAAAUGGUGGCUUCCUGUACCCCGAGUUCCCCCUUGUGGCCUCCAUGAAAAUUCAAGGAAGCAGUUGCAGCACAAGCGUGAUUGCACAAACCAAAUACUAAAAGCAGCAAUGGCCAUUAACAGCAUUACUUUAGCUGAAAUGGACAUUCCUGAGUCUUAUUUGGAAUCUCUUCCAAAGAAUGCUCGAGUCAGCUUGGGGGAUGUCAUUCAUCGUUAUAUCACAUCAGAACAUUUUACUCCUGAGUGUUUGCUUGCUUGCCUUGAUCUAUCUUCUGAACAUCAAGCUUUAGAAAUUGCCAACCGAGCUGAGGCUUCCAUGUAUAUUUGGCAUAAAAGAACCAAUUCAAAGCCCGCCAAUGUCAGUGCCAGAACUAGUUCAAGAUCGUCAUGGGAAAUGGUCAAGGAUCUAAUGGUUGAUGCUGACAAGAGGGACUUGUUUGCGGAGAGAGCAGAAAGCCUUCUGCAUUCCUUGAAACAGCGUUUUCCUGGUCUCCCUCAAACUUCCCUGGAUAUGAGCAAAAUUCAAUACAACAAGGAUGUUGGGAAAGCGAUUCUGGAGAGCUACUCGCGCGUGCUUGAGAGUUUGGCUUUUAACUUGGUAGCACGGAUUGACGACGUGCUCUAUGUAGAUGACUUGACCAAACAUUCUGAUCAAAUCCCACCUCUCUCAAAAGUUGGUGUUAUUACUCACAAGAACAUUUCAGUUCCAUACUCAGUGCCUGUCCCAAGCACUCCAUACAGAUCUGCUUUCGCCACACCGACGCUCUCUCCCGCACAUGGCGUUAGCCCUGCAAAUGGAGGAAAAUCCCCACUCAGCAAUGGCAGCAACCUUCCCCAGAGAAGGGUAGGGGUGAAAAAAGCUUUGACUGAUUUUCUCAGCAUUGAUACAAAUGGGAAGAACUGUGGUAGUUCCACUGAGGAACCAGUUUCAGAAUCUGCAAUUCUUGAUGAACUGUCAGCAUUUGGAACAGAUGUGGACUCCAGCACAGAAGAUGCUGUUAGCUCAAGUAUCAUGGACCAGGCAUGACAAGUGUAAAAGGCUAUUGUUGAUCUUUUAUGGCCUUGCCAUUUAUCUAGUUUUUUUCUUUAGAGGAAGGUUGAAGUCUUUGUAUGUAUAUGAAUUAUGAAAUACGUAGAAGGACUCACUUAUUUAGAGUGGAUAGUGUUUUAUACCAUUACCUGUAAUAUUAAUGAGGUGCCUCUAAUAGGGUUAUCAUUCCCUUUUCUACUA